UGGACAGUUAAGAAGGAUUGUUGUAGAUGGCUGCUGCCAUUGUUGUUCUUUUUCUUGGCCACUGCUGCUGGUGCCCAUUUCUUGGUUGUUGUUGUGCUGCUGCCCCUACAAGAACUGAUUUUCUGUUGGCUUAUCAUGGAUAAAUCAGUCAACCAACUGGUAAUGCUAGGACAAGACGUACGCGUAUUAGAGAAAUAUAAAUACAGUUUUAAGAAAGUUUGCGAUAAAGUUGUAUAAGAAUUUAAAUAAGCAAAGAGACUUUUCUCGGUACCCUUCGGCAGACAUCCAAUAACGAUAGGCAAAAACAUGAACUGGUAUUUUAAGUCGCGGUUUUAAUACAUUUUACCACAUAAUAUCAUUCACGUCUUUGAAAACAUGAAACAGAAAAAAAAUAUCGCAACAAUUUUAGUCGUCGUGAUUGUGCUAUCCUGGAGUCCAGUAGUAGACCUAAAAAGUCACAGUAACGCACAUACUCAGGAUUCAGUGUCCGUUCAUCUGCCCGGCGACAUAAUACUAGGUGGGCUAUUUCCCGUCCAUGAAAAAGGUGAAGGUGCUCCAUGCGGACCAAAAGUAUAUAAUAGGGGAGUUCAACGUCUGGAAGCAAUGCUGUAUGCUAUAGAUCGUGUAAACAAUGACCCCAAUAUACUCCCUGGAAUUACGAUAGGAGUCCAUAUACUUGACACCUGUUCAAGAGACACAUAUGCCCUCAACCAGUCUCUUCAGUUUGUGAGAGCAUCCCUCAACAAUUUAGACACAUCAGUGUUUGAGUGUGCAGAUAAGUCAAGCCCACAACUAAAAAAAAAUACUUCAUCGGGGCCAGUUUUUGGAGUUAUUGGUGGAUCUUACAGUUCAGUGUCCUUGCAAGUGGCAAAUUUGCUGCGUCUGUUUCAUAUUCCUCAAGUAUCACCGGCGUCAACCGCUAAGACACUUUCGGACAAAUCACGCUUUGAUCUGUUUGCUAGAACAGUACCGCCAGACACUUUCCAAUCCGUAGCCCUCGUGGAUAUACUAAAAAACUUUAACUGGUCCUACGUAUCAACGAUACAUUCGGAAGGAUCUUAUGGUGAAUAUGGGAUUGAAGCAUUGCAUAAGGAAGCUACCGAACGAAAUGUAUGCAUAGCAGUAGCCGAGAAAGUACCCAGUGCCGCAGACGACAAAGUUUUUGAUUCCAUUAUAAGCAAACUUCAAAAGAAGCCUAACGCUCGCGGCGUAGUACUUUUUACGAGAGCUGAAGAUGCGCGUCGAAUUCUACAAGCAGCUAAACGAGCUAACCUAUCCCAACCGUUUCAUUGGAUAGCAAGUGAUGGUUGGGGGAAACAACAAAAACUACUCGACGGCUUAGAGGACAUUGCUGAGGGUGCAAUUACUGUAGAACUGCAGUCAGAGAUAAUCUCAGAUUUUGAUCGCUACAUGAUGCAGCUGUCCCCAGAGACAAAUCAAAGGAAUCCAUGGUUUGCUGAGUACUGGGAGGAUACUUUCAACUGUGUUCUGACAUCUGGUUCGGAUAAAUCUGAUACUGCAAAAUCAGUUGAUUCUACUGACAAUAUAAUCGGCGUCAAGACUAAAACAACAUGCGACGAUAGUUACCGGUUAUCAGAAAAAGUUGGAUACGAACAGGAGUCAAAGACUCAAUUCGUUGUGGAUGCCGUCUACGCAUUUGCCUAUGCACUUCAUAAUUUGCAUAAUGAUCGUUGUAAAACGCAAAGCGACCAAACUUCUGAGACAAGGAAGCAUCUACAGAGCGAAUCUGUGUGGUAUCGAAAACUUUCGACGGAUACCAAGUCCCAAGCGUGUCCUGACAUGGUUAAUUAUGACGGAAAAGAUUUUUACAACAAUUACCUUUUGAACGUAUCAUUUAUAGAUCUUGCUGGCAGCGAAGUCAAAUUUGAUCGGCAGGGCGAUGGUUUGGCUAGAUAUGACAUUUUGAAUUAUCAACGGCUAGAAAACUCUUCAGGAUAUCAGUAUAAGGUUAUUGGCAAAUGGUUUAAUGGGUUGCAACUAAACUCAGAAACAGUUGUGUGGAACAAGGAAAGCGAACAACCUACUUCGGCCUGUUCACUACCAUGUGAAGUUGGGAUGAUCAAGAAACAACAGGGGGAUACCUGUUGCUGGAUAUGCGACAGCUGUGAAUCUUUUGAAUACGUAUAUAAUGAGUUUACGUGUAAAGACUGCGGUCCUGGGCUUUGGCCCUAUGCUGACAAGCUUUCCUGCUAUGCUUUAGACAUCCAGUAUAUGAAAUGGAACUCGUUGUUUGCCCUUAUUCCGAUGGCUAUUGCAAUCUUUGGUAUUGCAGUGACCAUUAUUGUAAUAGUAUUAUUUGCAAAAAAUCAUGACACUCCAUUGGUAAGAGCAUCAGGUCGGGAGCUAAGCUAUACUCUUCUCUUUGGUAUAUUGGUUUGUUAUUGUAAUACUUUUGCGCUGAUAGCUAAACCAACAAUUGGCUCAUGUGUUCUGCAGAGGUUUGGUAUUGGGGUUGGUUUUUCCAUUAUAUACAGUGCCCUGCUAACAAAAACAAAUCGAAUUUCACGAAUCUUUCACUCUGCUUCUAAGUCAGCUCAACGCCUUAAGUAUAUUAGUCCACAAUCACAAGUGGUGAUUACCACCUCUUUGAUCGCUAUACAGGUACUAAUCACAAUGAUUUGGAUGGUUGUUGAACCACCAGGAACUCGAUUCUAUUACCCAGACCGAAGAGAGGUGAUUCUAAAGUGCAAAAUACAAGACAUGUCUUUUCUCUUUUCUCAGCUUUAUAAUAUGAUUCUCAUAACCAUUUGCACUAUUUAUGCCAUUAAAACGAGAAAAAUACCUGAAAACUUUAAUGAGUCAAAGUUUAUAGGAUUUACCAUGUAUACCACAUGUAUAAUAUGGCUUGCGUUUGUGCCCAUAUAUUUUGGAACUGGAAAUUCCUAUGAGGUGCAAACUACUACUCUGUGCAUUUCAAUAAGUCUUAGUGCAUCAGUGGCUCUUGUAUGUCUAUAUUCACCUAAAGUAUACAUCCUCGUCUUUCACCCGGACAAGAAUGUCCGCAAACUAACUAUGAACAGCACCGUCUACAGGCGAUCGGCGGCGGCAGGAGCUCAGGGUGCACCAACCAGCUCUGGAUAUAGUCACACGCAGGCGCCAGGCACCACUGCCAUAACUGGAGGUGCGGUAGGAACAAAUGCGUCUUCAAGUGCGCUUCCGACACAAAAUAGCCAAAAUGAUGAAGCUUCAAGCCAAACAAAUGUUAUUCACAAGAGCAAUGGAGAAUUUCUACCCGAAGAAGGCGAUUGCGUUGGGCCAAUCUGUAAUCGAGUAAAUAAGUAAGAUUAAUAACGAGGAAAAUAUAACAUUAUAACACUGUGCUACAAAAUGAGAAAAUAAAUUGUGAAUCUGGUCCCUAAUGCAAGGACUUAGAAGAAUAGGUCCUCAAAGUUAGAACAUUUGUAACAUUCAAACUUUCAGAUGCGUAUUUUCAAUUCAUUUUAUAAUUUUUUAGUCGGAAUUUAUUGAUUUGUGUUCGGUAUCUGUUCAUCAUAAUAAAUAACAUUUUUAUAAGUUCAA